AUGUCGCCGCCUUCAGCUGUCGAAGUAUCAGCAGUUUCAGACACGUCUGGAGUUACUAUCCCAAACCCGCUGAGUGCGCCAGUUCAGAGCAAUGAAAUUCAUGGAAGGAGGAAGAAGACAACUGCAGCUCAAUGGGGCGUAGCGGCGCCAUCGGAUACUGCAAACUUCAGACUGAAGUCGCAUGACCAUAAGCCCAAAGCCAAGCAAUGGAGCCACAUCAUGAGCCAUGAAGCAACGAUCCGCAAAGGCAACUCUCUCAAAGAGGCCGCAAAGUAUCUCGGCACACCUGGAAUUAUCUCCCUCGGCGGCGGUUUACCAUCCAGCGAGUACUUUCCCUUCGAAGAGCUAUCGAUCAAAGUGCCCAAGAUCGGCCACUUCUCAGAAGCCGAAACUAGGGAAUCCGGCGUGACCAUCACUGCAGGCAAACAUGACCUUGCUGAGAACAAGUCCAAUUUUGAUAUCGCUACUGCGUUCAAUUACGGCCAGGGAUCUGGUUCAGCACAGCUUCUACGCUUCAUGACUGAACACACUGAACUGAUACACGAUCCGCCGUACCAAGACUGGAAAUGCACCAUGACAGUUGGAAGCACAUCAGCGACUGACAUGCUCCUUAGAAUGCUCACCAGACCUGGUGACAUGAUUCUAUCAGAAGAGUACACUUUCUCUGCUUUUGUAGAGACCGCGCGACCGUUGGGCGUACGCGUUUGCGGGGUCCCAAUCGACAACCAAGGACUUCUCCCUACUGAGAUGGACUCGCUCCUCACAAACUGGGACCAAGCUGCUCGAGGGGCGCGGAAGCCCCAUCUCCUAUACACAGUGCCUACAGGUCAGAACCCUACCGGAGCAACACAAAGUGCAGAGCGCCGGCAUGCCCUCUAUGCUGUCUGCCAAAAGCACGACAUCCACAUAUUAGAAGACGAACCAUACUACUUCCUCCAGAUGCAACCCUACACCGGCGCCAACGCUCCUGCCAUUCCCCCACCAGCAUCCCACGCAGACUUCAUCAAAUCCCUCGUUCCAAGCUACCUCUCCAUCGACACAGACGGCCGCGUAAUCCGCAUGGACUCGUUCUCCAAGGUCAUCGCGCCUGGUUCGCGAGUCGGAUGGAUCACUGCCCCCGCCCAAGUCAUAGAACGGUAUUCCAAAUAUGCUGAUGUAUCGACGCAGAAUCCGGCUGGCAUGUCCCAACUCAUUCUCUUCAAGCUCCUAGAUGAACACUGGGGUCACGCCGGGUACCUGGACUGGCUGAUCUACAUGCGCAUGCAAUACACACACCGUCGGGACAUAAUCCUCUCCGCAUGCACAAAGUACCUACCCACUGAAGUUAUGAGCUGGAAACCACCCAUGGCUGGCAUGUUCCACUGGAUGCAAAUUGAUUUCAGAAAACAUCCCAGUUAUCCUGAGAAGAGCAUUGAGAGUAUUGAGGAGAGUAUUUUUAUGCGCGUUAUUGACCAUGGGGCGCUAGUCAUGAGGGGCAGUUGGUUCUAUGCGGAUGCGGAGGAGAAGCAUGACACGUUGUUUUUCAGGGCUACGUAUGCGGCGGCGCCAGGGGAGAAAAUCGAGGAGGGGAUCAGGCGAUUAGGGGAGGCAGUUAGGGAGGAGUUUGGGCUGGUUAUGUAUGCUAGAGAGACUUGA